AUGCCGAAUUCCCUUGAUCACCAGAUACCCCAUGGACAGAUGAUAGGUGGAUACGCAGCCGUUAAUGGAGGUUCCAAACCACCUAAUUUCCUUCAGAAGCUGUACGACUUUCUAUCACUCGAUCCUCAUCCUUGUCCGGAUAUCAUUUAUUGGGCCAGUGAUUCGAAGCAACUUGUCAUUGCUCAACCUGAUAAACUAGCUAAAGAAGUAUUGCCUAAACUAUUCAAACAUGAUAAGAUAGCUUCUUUCGGCAGACAAUUAAAUAUAUACGGAUUCUCACGUCUGUUCCCAGGAAGACAGUUCAAGGAUUCCAAUGGCGAGAUAUCAGAUGCUAGUGUGUGGGCCCACCCUACUUUACAUCGAUUAUCUACAACAAAUGAACUCCUAUCAAUCAAACGACGUGCGCCACCAAAAUUGAUUCGCACCAGGCGACUUGCUAAUGGUGAAAUCAUAAGAACGAAAGCAGGUCCAGGUGUCAUUGAGAAAGCACGUCAAAUCAAAGAAGCUAUGACUCUCACCAAAGGUUCUGAAUCUUUUACUUCUGAUAUUGCCAAAGUUAGAGACGUGUCCAUUGGUAGAGGAUGGUCAUUAUCACCUAAUCAACCAGAAAUAGGCGAUCAAGGACCCCAUGGACAUACGUCUUCAUCGUUAUCCGCACCACUUAAAAUGACAAGAAAUGAUACUGGAUUAAGUGAUAUAACAGAAUAUACAGAAUCCAACAAUCUAAAUGAAGAUCAUCUUAAACAUAUCAAUAAUUCACCAAAUUUCAAGUCCAAUUCCAAUUUGAUUCGCAGUGCGAUGUCUACCUGGCCAUAUCCACAUAUUCAACCUUGCCCAACUCCUACUUUACUUUCUAAAUCAAAAAUAGGGUAUUCACCUUCGGGUGAUAAGAGGAAUCUCUCAUUAAGGAAUAUUCCACCUCCAUUAUUAUUGAAUUCGUCAAACACGGGUACUGGCCCAUACACGUUUCCCAAUUAUAAUAUAGGUCUGAGUAUCGAAAAAUCUUACUCGUCCUGUCCAGCUUCUAUUCACACUUCACCCACAUUGGAUCACUCGAAUCCUACUUUUACACCUCGUUGGAAUAACAUUGAUUCUUCCUCUUCUCUCAAUCCGAACACUGGUCAGAACACUCAGAAUAAUUCGAUGAAAGGUUUCAGACAUCCUUUACAAGUUGAUACUUACCCCAGUACUUGCAAUUCAUUUUCACCUACCCCGAAUCCGCAUUUAUUCGAUCCAAGUCAAUCGUUUGUACCCUUAUCAUUGCCUCAGGUUCAAGUGCAAAAUGAACAGAGAAUAGCUGCACCAGCUGCACCUAUUCCUUCACAUCUGCUUCAACAUCAACAACAUAAUGGACAUCAUCAACAUCACCAUCAACAACAAUACCAACCACUUCAAAAUUCCUUCAACUCGAAUAUCACUUCACUCACACAUGGAAGUCUCAAUAGCAAUCCCUGCGGUGGUGGAUUGCUUGGUUCACCUGAAAUGAUAAUUUCGACUCCGCCACAAACCUCUUACGAACUACCAGCUUCGAGCCUUCAGUUUGGCUUAUCAAGUAGGAAUAUCGUUUUAUCCUCAAGUUGUAACAAAGGCUUGAAUAUGCAUAAGGAUCAUAACAGUAAUACCAAUAGUCCUCAAUCAAUAAUUUCUCCUUGUUCUCCUUGGUCAAACGCUCCUUUAUCUGAUGGUAUCAGGCCAUCGACCACUGAUGGUAGCGGAACUAUCGAUCCAAAGUGGAUCAAUCCAAUAGGUAGUGAAUGGUCCACUCCAUCAAUGACUAGAGUUCCAACCCCUAUUCUUACUGCAUCUACGAUUAUUACUGGCCAUAAUGGCACCAGCCUGCAGCCAGAGGGUUGCGAUACUGUACCUUUAUCGUAUGUCAAACAAGAGAGCGAUCACAUCCAACCAACUGACUUCAUGUGGCACAAGCCUUUACAGAUAUCAACAUUGACUUCUUCUUAUACUGAUAACCAAAGUCAUUUAUAUAAUCAAAAUGUGAAUUGCUCAACUGAUCUAAUUAAUGGUCCAUUGUUUGCACCCUAUAUUUUACCGGUAUCCGCUCAAUCUGAGAGAAGUCAUUUAUCUCCUCAGACACAUACCCAAGACAAUAAAACAUGUAUCUCAACCUCACUGACUCCUCCUAUCGUCCACACACCUCAAGUCCAGACCUCUGGGAAUCCCAACAUCUUAUUAUCAAACAUCAAUACGACGAAUCGCGAAUCAAUCGACGUGGGGACGCCCUUCUUAUCACCAAUUGACCACAGGGUGAAAUGGUCCGAAUGA